AUGGGAGCCAAAAAUGAUGAUCAUGACGAUAAUCGAUAUCAAGAAGAGCAAUCGGCUAGACUAUUUGUGCAUGACUUGUCCAAGAUUGUUCUUCCACCUUUGGGUGUUUCAACCCAAAACCAUGAUCCAUGGAGAUCUAGAGGUUGGAUCAUUUCUCCCCUCAAUUCAAAAUACAGAUGUUGGGAGACAUUCAUGGUGAUACUGGUAGCCUACUCGGUCUGGUUUUACCCGUUCGAGCUCGCAUUCUUAGCUCCUUCUCAUCACAGGGGACUCUACCUGGUGGAUGUUGUAACCGACUUGUUCUUCGCCGCCGACAUCCUUCUGACCUUCUUCGUUGCUUACAUCGACUCCAAGACUAAUAUGAUUGUUUACGACUCGAGAAGGAUCGCGAAUAGGUACCUAUCAACAUGGUUUGUCAUGGAUGUGGCAUCCACCAUCCCUUACCAGGCCUUGUACCUCUUGUUCACGGGCAGGCAACAAGUAUGGUCGUGUUAUUCGCUUCUAGGGUUGUUCAGGUUUUGGCGAUUGGUCCGAGUUGAAGAACUCUUCAAAAGGCUUGAGAAGAACAUCAAGUUCAACUAUUUCGCAGUCCGGUGCUUUAGACUAUCUUGUGUGGCAUUGUUUUCGGCACAUUGCGCGGCGUGCCUCUUCUUCCUGCUGGCCGAGGAGAACCACGGCGGCAAGACCUGGAUCGACGACUUCGCCAAAUACGGCGACGAGACCAACAUCUGGCUGCGCUACACCGUCGCCGUGUACUGGUCCGCCACCACCAUGACCACCGUCGGGUACGGCGACCUCCGGGCGGAGAACACCCGGGAGCGGAUCUUCAUCACCGGAUACAUGCUCUUCAACCUCGGCCUGACCGCCUACCUCAUCGGCAACAUGACCGAUCUCGUCGUCGAGAGCGCCCGCCGCACCAUGGAGUACCUAAUGAUGAUACAGAGGAAAAGCAUCGAAGUGGCGUCGACUUUUGUGAACAGAAACUGCUUGCCCCGGCGGCUGGAAGAGCAAGUUUUGGCGUACAUGUCGUUGAGAUUCCAGGCCGAGAGGAUGAAUCAGCAGCGUUUCAUCGAAGAGCUUCCGAAAUCGAUUCGGAGGAGGGUUUGCCGGCAUUUGUUCUUGCCGGCGGUACAACAGGUGUAUCUUUUCAAGGAUGUCUCCAUCGGAACCCUAACGUCACUAGUUUCGAAGUUGAGGGCAGAGUACAUGCCGCCACGAGAAGAGGUCAUCUUGCGGAAGGAAGGGCCAGACGAAGUGUACAUUAUCGUCUCCGGAGAAGUCGAGAUCUCCCGGCUCGACGGAGAGUUGAUCCGGUCGCUCGAAAGCUUAAGCAGCGGCGACAUGUUUGGGGAAGCCGCCGCGCUUUGUUGCACACCUCAGAGGUUCACUUUCAGGACCAAAGUGUUGUCGCAACUGUUGAGGCUCAAAACGGCGAUGCUUUUGGAGGCCAUGCGGAUCAAUCACCACGAUUCCGUCACCAUAAUUAACAACUUCCUCCGAUCCUCCAAGAUUAUGGAAAACGACAACAUGGUUCCAUUUCACGACGAUGAAUUCGACGAGGAAGAGACGAAGAUGACAGUGAACUCUUACAGCUUGUUGUCUUUAGCGAGACUUGGCAAUGCGUUUUUCAUCGAAGAGUUGCUCAAGGAAGGGUUGGAUCCUAACAUCGGAGAUUCCAAAGGCAAAACUCCAUUGCACAUAGCAGCAUCAAAAGGGCACAAAGAGUGCGUGUUAGUGCUCCUUAGAUACGGCGGUAAUGUACACUUGAGAGAUGUGGACGGAAAUACAGCUUUAUGGGAGGCAAUAUCAUCGAACCACAACCUGAUAUUCGGGAUUCUGCUCAGUCACGUCAACAUUAACUCCAACGAAAUCCAAACCAUCCAGGGCGAUCUUCUAUGCUCAGCUGCAGAACAAAACAAUCUCAGAGUCAUGAGAGAGCUCGUGAGAGUGCACGGAUUCAACGUUCACUCGAAGAAUCGACGUGGGAAUUUAGCUCUUGGACUGGCCAUGGAGAGGAAUCACGCCGAGAUGGUGCAUUUUCUUGUGGCGAAUGGCAAAUUACAAGCUGCAAGUACUCGAUUCGAUCGGAGUUCGUUGCUCGGGGAUUAUGAUUGCUGUUUGAGAGUGAACAUCUUCAUGGGUCAUCCUGAUUUUUUCAGAAGAGAGGAUGAUGGUGAUGGUGAUGGAGGAAAAAGCAAGAGGUUUGGGAAGUUGAUCAAGUUGCCAAGUUCACUGGAGGAGCUCAAAAGCAUUGCAGGUAUACAUGAGAAAAACAAAUGA